UCGGAAGACUUCACAAACGAAAUAGCCUCCGUGUCAGUCGCUGCAAAAGAAUUACAAGAGGCGUCGCUGGCGUAUGGAAGGGCUUUCACGAAAUUCACCAAUGGAGUCACCGACUUGAGUAAGAUAGGUCUUAUGGAUGAAGAUCAGCAAUUGGACAUGCUGCUCGUGGAACCAGUAGCAACGAUAGAGACGGGAAAUGGCUACUUCUCAACACAGAGGAAGAAGAUCAUCAAUUUGAGUAAAGAGUAUCUAAGUAAUUUAGAAAAGCAUGCGAAGUCCAAACCCACGGAUUCGGCAUCAACUGUCUACAGGCGUCUGGAGACAGCGGUACAAUCUCGCAACACACUACAGAGAGAAUAUAUUGCGUACGCAUCACAGCUUGCUACAGUUCGGAAGUCGAGUAUCACGUCCUUCUCUAAGAGUCUGCUGGGAUACAUCAAUGCGCUAUUUGCGCAUGGCUACAAUGUUCAUUCGAUGUUUUUAUCAAGAUUUUUCCACGGGUCCUUCGCAGAGCACAACGCAAAUGUGUGCGACCUCGCGCGCGACAUAGUUGACCAAGCCAAAGCCUAUGAUCUGCAGAAAGCCCAAGCAGCACCAGAUAACACCGUAAAGACCACACUUACGCUCGAUGCCGUUCCCAGCAACGCGUCAAAAACAGCGGACACGAGAAAACCCCCUUCUAUUGAACAGGAGACCUCUCCGCUGCCAAAACUCCUAAGUAAGCAGGCAGGAGUCACGGCCGAUUUGGUAAAGAAUUUGGGCACUGAGGAAGAUGUAGACAGUGAUCUCGAUGUAGUGGCCAUCACACCCAACCAUCCAGGUGCAUCACCCAAUCCAGAAUUAGAGCCCACACCUUAUGAGGGGGCGGACACCGCUAUGCCACAAAUUCAGAGUGAAUCGGAGGUGCGCAAUACUUUAUCCGUUGCGUCGGAUUCAUAUAGAUCCAAUAAUUCCAUAGGCUCCGCUGAGCAAGCAAAGAAUUUUUUUGAAACAUUCUUCAACAUACCAUCGAAAAGUGAACCAGCAAGCGCCGAAAAUAUCAACGACAUCAACAUUGAAUCAAAUUUGCCCACUAUAGUCACCGCCAAGGACAAUGAAGAGGGUGGAGAGACCUCCACUGCGUCAGUCGAAUCUGGGGAGAAGUCGAAAGAAGCGUCUAGUUUCAGUAAAUGGUUUGAUAGUCUCCGAGCCCCUAAAUCGGCACCAGGGCCUGCAAUCGAGUCACCGUACAGCCAUGAUACGAUGAGAGGCUAUUUGAACGUAAAAACUAUCAGCAGUCUGAACAGAACCACUUGGCCCAGAUGCUACAUGUUUAUCCAGCCAGAAGAAGGGAAAUUGUAUAAAGUCGAGAAUGGAGUGGAUGUUGAAAAGGCAGAUUUAAUACUUUGUGAAGCGAGGACGAGCUCUAGCAAAGUGGCUGAGAGGAUGUAUACAUUCGACUUGAUAGCUCCGUAUCUUACCUUCGAAUUACAAGCCUUCUCGGCUGAGGAGAGGCAAUUAUGGAUCGAUGCUGUCACGGCCUGCAAGACAUCGGCAUUAGAAUCACCAACCCAUACUGCAAAAGGAACUCAACGUCAGAAAGGCCCGUGCCUGUUAAACGACUCAAAGAAGCAUUGCGAGCAGUACCUGGUAAUAACACAUGCGUGGACUGCGAAGUCAACGAUCCCCAAUGGGCUAGUUUGA